AUGUGGAAGUCUUUCUUGUUUUCUAGUUAUCUAAUUAAUCGUCUUUGGAUUCUGAUUCAACCACAUCUAUUGCAUUUUAAACCUCUUGGUAUUGCUGUUGGUGGUGCUGUUGGAGGCCUUUUGGGAUGCUGGCUGACCAGUGGACAGUUCAAACCCCUGCCUCAGAUCAUCAUGGAGCUCAGCCCUCAGCAGCAGCAGAGGCUUUACGAGGACCUCAUGGUGAUCCUGGGUGACAUUCAGUGGACAGAUAUCAUUCAGUUAACAACUCUGGUGAUGGGCAAUCAGACUCUAAAGCAGCAGCUCACAGCUGCUCUAAUCGGGUUUGUCACCAAAGAGUUACAGGCAGAAGUGCACUAUGUGGACUGAUAGCUGUGGAAUCCCUGGAAAGGACUGAUCAGAAGGUCUAGCGCUCAGGAUAAUGGAACCUUUCAAAUAGAAUGUGAACGCUUUGUCAAACUGAAAUUUGAAACAAUUUAGUAUAAAGUUGCUCACAGCAAGUAAUACUCCUGGUAGGAAUUUACACUGAUUACUAGGUGUUCAAGUCAUUAUCGUGAAUUUCAACAGCUGUACAACCAGAAUAUUUUAUUUUGAGAAUUACUGUGAAAAUUGAUAGUUAAAUUAAUGGUUUAUUUAUUAAGUGUACUUUUAAAAGUUAACUGACAGCAGAAUUAAGUAUUGAGUGCCAACGCUGCUUUUUCAUUUCCACUCAACAAGUGUAAUAAUGUACCAUCUGUGUACAGUAUAUUGACAUGUGGCUUUAAAUGACUUUCAAUAAAAACACUUAUCAAGUUUCA